AUGAGUAGAUGUCCUGAGUCCAAAUUGGAAAUGGACGAGACUUACAAAAAUUGUUCCUUUGGGGGAAACUCUGAUGGUUCUAACUCUUCUGAAAAAGAAGAGAAUUCAGAUGUCGAAUUACAAAGACGAUUGAAAGAAGCCGAGGAAAGAGUCGAUGUUUCAUCGCUUGUUCACUCUGUUCGGUGCCUGAAAGAGGAGAAAACAAAGCUAGCCCUUGAGGUUUCAGAUCUUCUAAGGUUUAGAAUUUCCGAGAGAGCGAGUUCUAGGGACGAACUAAGAAUCGCUAGGGCAGAAAUGGAGUCACAAAUUGAAAAACUAGCAAAGGAAAAGCAUGAGACACAGUUGGUAUUUGAAAAGGAGAUCAAUAGAAGGUCAUGUUAUUGGUCGGUUAAGCUUGAAAAGUAUCGUUUAGAAGAGAAAAGGCUCUGUGACCGAGUUCAAGAGUUAGUAGAGCAAAACGUUUCACUUCAGAGAGAAGUCAAUUCCUUCAAUGACAAGGAAACUGAAAACAGAAGCCUUACGAAGUACUCGGAACAACAACUUAAGGAGUUGACAAUAAUGAUCGAAAAGUUGAACAAUGAGAAUCGAGAUCUAAGCCGAAGUCUCUCACAAGAGAGGUAUAGAGCAGCAGUUGAAGAUGUAGCUUGCGUUAGAAUAAACUUGGAAGAGAAAGAGGAGUGCAAGGAGUUGCAGAGGUCUGUUACCAGACUACUCCGAACAUGUACUGAACAAGAGAAAACAAUCGAAUUGCUGCGAGACGGAUACAGUAAGGAGACUGAGAAGAAACAAUCCCCAGAAAAUAAUAAACAGAAAGUGAAAAAAUUACAAAUGGAGCAAAUGAGGUUAACUGGAGUAGAAUUGGCACUAAGAAAGGAAGUAGAGUCUUAUAGACUCGAAGCUUACUCUCUUCGACACGAGAAUAUUGAUUUAUCGAAUCGAUUAAGAGGUAGCAGGAAUGACACUAUCAGAUUAACCUUCAAGCUCGAUAAUGAACUGCAGGAUCGUGUAUGGAGUUUGCAGAAUCGAGGACUGUCUAUGCUUAAUGAGAUGAUUGGUGUGUCUUCUAAGUUAAUUCUUUUCAUCAAAGGAAAAACUAAUCAGCUUCGAGAAACUCAACCAGUUUUAGAUAGUCAAUUUGUUAUUGAAUCUGAUUUGAAAAUUGAAGGCUUUAAACAUGGAUUUGAAAGCCUAACGAGGAGUUUGCGAACAAUAUCCGGUUUGUUCCACGAGAAAUCCAGUUUGGUUGCUUCGGAUUCCCACUUGGCAUCCAUCGAUCCUACCAUGUCAACCAAACUCAACAAUCAACCUUCAGAGGAGAUUAUAAGAAGUGAGCUUAAAGCAGAAACUUUGGUGACAAGUUUAUUGAAGGAAAGGCUAUACUCAAAAGAGGUUGAAAUAGAACAGUUACAGGCUGAGCUUGCAGCAGCAUUGAGAGGUAGUGAAAUACUAAGAUGUGAAGUACAAAAUUCAGUUGACAACAUUUCAUGUUUCACCCACAGAUCGAAGGAUCUUCAACUUCAGGUAACAAAAGAAGAUGACAACAUAAGACGUCUUGAGAGCGAGUUACAAGAAUCGACGAAGGAAGUUAUCAUGUUGAAGGGUAUUUUGGUUAAGGUUUCCCAGGAGAGAGAUCUGACGUUGGAAGAAGUGAAGCAAUAUAAUGAGAAGAACGUGGUUUUACAUUCAGAGACUAAUGCAUUGAGAAAGAGAAUGGAAGGUUUGGAUGAAGAUAUACUUUUGAAAGAAGGUUGA